GCCUGGAAGGCAGCGGCGGCGGCUCCGGGAGGCUGCGGUCUCGGCAUGGACACCCGGCUGGACCAGGAGACUGCGCGGUGGCUGCGAUGGGACAAGAAUCCUUUAACUUUGGAGUCAGUGAAACAACUAAUUGCAGAUGGAAAUAAAGAAGAACUAGAAAAAUGCUUUGGGGCCCGAAUGGAGUUCGGGACAGCUGGCCUUCGAGCCCCAAUGGGAGCAGGAAUUUCUCGUAUGAAUGGCUUGACCAUCAUCCAGACUACACAGGGAUUUUGCAGAUACCUGGAAAAACAAUUCAGUGACCUGAAGCAAAGAGGUGUUGUGAUUAGCUUCGAUGCUCGAGCUCAUCCACCAAGUGGAGGCAACAGCAGAAGGUAUUUAAGGAUAUUGAAGAAGCCUUUUUUUGUAGUGUAUUUGGUGGAAUAUGCAUUUUCAGAAAUUAAGCCAACGCCUGCACAGCCCUACACAGUGCUGCAUUUGAAACUCUGUGCUGGAAUCAUGAUAACUGCCUCCCAUAACCCAAAGCAAGAUAAUGGUUACAAGGUCUACUGGGACAACGGAGCUCAGAUCACCUCUCCUCAUGACAAAGGGAUUUCUCAAGCUAUUGAAGAAAAUCUAGAGCCAUGGCCUCAAGCUUGGGAUGAUUCUUUACUUAAUGGCAGUCCACUGCUUCAUGACCCAAGUGCUUCCAUCAAGAAGAGCUACUUUGAAGACCUGAAAAAAUACUGUUUUCACAGGAGUGUGAACAGGGAGACCAAGGUGAAGUUUGUGCACACCUCUGUCCACGGCGUGGGUCAUGACUUUGUGCAGUCGGCUUUCAAGGCUUUUGACUUUGCUCCUCCUGAGGCUGUUCCUGAACAGAAAGAUCCCGAUCCUGAGUUCCCAACAGUGAAAUACCCGAAUCCUGAAGAGGGUAAAGGAGUCUUGACCUUAUCUUUUGCCUUGGCUGACAAAACCAAGGCCAGAAUCAUUUUAGCAAACGACCCGGAUGCUGAUAGACUCGCUGUGGCAGAAAAGCAGGACAGCGGUGAAUGGAGAGUGUUUUCAGGCAAUGAGUUGGGGGCCCUCUUGGGCUGGUGGCUUUUUACUUCUUGGAAAGAAAAGAACCAAGAUCACAGUGCCCUCAAAGACAUAUACAUGUUGUCCAGCACGGUCUCCUCCAAAAUCUUGCGAGCCAUUGCCUUAAAGGAGGGCUUUCACUUUGAGGAAACACUAACUGGCUUUAAGUGGAUGGGAAACCGAGCCAGACAGCUAAUAGACCAGGGGAAGAAUGUCUUAUUUGCAUUUGAAGAAGCUAUCGGAUAUAUGUGCUGCCCUUUUGUUCUGGACAAAGAUGGGGUCAGUGCUGCUGUCAUAAGCGCAGAGUUGGCUAGCUUUCUAGCAACCAAGAAUUUGACUUUGUCUCAGCAGCUAAAGGCCAUCUAUGUUGAGUAUGGCUACCAUAUUACCAAAGCUUCAUAUUUUAUUUGCCAUGAUCAAGGCACCAUUAAACAAUUAUUUGAAAACCUUAGAAACUACGAUGGGAAGAAUAAUUAUCCAAAAACUUGUGGCAGAUUCGCAAUUUCUGGUAUUAGAGACCUGACAACCGGCUACGAUGAUAGCCAACCUGAUAAAAAAGCUGUUCUCCCUACUAGCAAAAGCAGCCAAAUGAUCACCUUUACCUUUGCUAAUGGGGGCGUGGCCACCAUGCGGACCAGUGGGACUGAACCCAAGAUCAAGUACUAUUCGGAACUGUGUGCCCCUCCUGGAAACAGUGACCCUGAGCAGCUGAAGAAGGAACUCAAUGAACUAGUCAGUGCUAUUGAGGAACAUUUUUUCCAGCCACAAAAGUACAACCUGCAACCAAAGGCAGAGUGA